CCGCGUGCCGAGCCGCGAGCAUCGUGCAGCCAGCAAAACCCUCCCCAAAAACUCGAGCAACCCUCCGCCAGCGUCGUUCCCUUUCAUUUUUCGAUCGGCGGCGCGCGAGCGCGAGCGCGUGCUCGCACUCUCCGACUCUCACUCUCUUCUACGCGCGGCCUACCGGCCGGUCACGUGUUGUCCCUCUGCCUCUCAUCACGGGGCUGCACGCUCGAACGGAAGUGCGGCCGACCAAGUGCCCGGAGAGCCCCUCCUCUUGCUUCUUCCCUUUUAGACGCGGGACUGAUUAAUGACACCGGUGUUCUCUCUGUACCAUUCUUGAGAUCGGCUCCUCCUUAGCUUCGAGGGAGGCUCCUGUAAGAGAUACUUGUGAAACGGUUCGGAGGAGUCGCGCGGGGAUCGAUGAGGAGUCACUGUAGGAGGACCGCGCGGACGAUCGAUAGGGAUCGAUCGGGUCGAGGAACGAUAUGCUGAUCCGUGGUCGCGAGCGAUAGAGUCCUUUCGUUUUGGUGAAGACACGUGCUCGCUGAGGGAUUCCUUGGGAGAGGGUGCGCGAUUGAGUUUCCUUUUCGGUUUCGGUCUUUUGUUUUCGUUCUCUUUUCCUUUCGCUUCUGGUUCGCUUCUUUGCGGGUUCGCUUCUCGGGGUUCGCUUCUCGUUCUCGGGCAUGUGGUGGUUCAAGCGUAGGCUCCAGUGAGAUGUGAUGGAGAUGAAGACCAGCAUACUGCUUCUGGCGCUACUUCGCCUCGCCAGCGCGCUCGAAAAUACGAAGGAGGAGGAUGACGCGGAGGAAGAGGACGAGGAGAAUUAUCCGGUGGAUGACUACGACUACGGUGACUAUGAAACCGCGACUAUAACCAGCGACACCGAUCUUAUCGCGGGUGGCUCGUUGCCGAUCUUCCUGGCGGAGCCUGUCGACACGUUCGUCGUCAAGGGGAAACCGGCUACCCUCCACUGCCGCGCCGCACAUGCUCUUCUGGUCGAGUUGAACGUGACGAGGAACGAGGUCGAGGAGUACUUCGGUAGGGAGAGGUUCAAGUGCGAGUGCGUGGCAUGGUCGGGACCAGGUCAGAUUCGAGGGCAGCCCGCCACGGUUGAGGUCGCCUACCUGAAAAAGCAUUUCCUGUCGCCGCCAUACUCGCUGUCUGUGGAAGCCGGCCACAACGCGGAGCUGCGGUGCUUGCCGCCAAUGGGGGUGCCGCAGCCGAAGGUCUAUUGGCUGAAGAAUGGCUCGCCCCUCGACACGAUCAACGCGUCCACGACACCGCAGCCUGUCCAGCAGAGUAAUCCCAACGACCUGUCAUCCGCCGGAAACUUCGUGCAGACCGGUGAAGGACACCUGAUACUCGCCGAGGCCGAGCUCAGGCACCAGGGGAAUUACUCCUGCGUGGCGGAGAACAUCGCUGCGAGGCGGGUCAGUGAACCGGCCGUGCUGACGGUUUACGUGAACGGCGGGUGGUCUUCCUGGUCGGGAUGGUCGGAGUGCAGCACCCGUUGCGGCCGAGGUGUACAAAAGCGGACGCGUACCUGCACGAACCCGAUGCCCAUCAACGGGGGUCAGACCUGUCCAGGGCCAGCCACUCAAAGGUUCGAGUGCAAUCCCUCCUGUCCUGCGGUCGGCGGCAGAUGGUCAAGCUGGUCCCCGUGGUCCGCAUGCGGUCCCGAUUGUUCCAGAGAGAGGAGGAGAUCCUGCAACGACCCCCCGGCGAGCAAUGGCGGUCGUUCCUGUGAAGGCAAGGCCGUCAUCGUCGAGUCUUGUUCCGCGGAUCGAUGUAAUGCGCGCGGACAGGACGGCCCACGUGUCCUCAAGGAAGCGGCGCGAUCGAUCGACGACAGGAAUAUCCUAGCUCUGUGGAUCACGUUAAGCCUGGCAGCGAUCAUUCUAGCGGUGACGACUAUCUUCUUCGUCCGUUUGAUGCGCCGCAAGGAGCGAAUCGAGGCGUUGUACGGCGUCGCGAGGCUAGACUUUCGGCGACCCGGUGACCUCGCGAAAUCAGUCGUCUCGAAGAGCGACCGGUCGGUCCUGUCCGUCGACAGACGCCUCGAGCAGGUGAUCGACGAGUCGAACGCGGCGAGAAUGCCUAGGUCUUGCUCGGAGCACCACUACGACGUCCCGCAGCUGUCGCUGCCGUCUACAGCCAGGCCGUCGCCGAGCUCUUCGGUGACCAGGUCCUCCUGCAGGAACUCGCAACGCGGCCGGGGAUUGUCGGACAAUGAGGAAGGCCGGUCGUCCCGUUCCACUUCUCACCCCAACGCGGAGAGCACCAACGAGGACGAGGAUGAUCCCGACGAGGACAACCCACUAGGAGACUACGACAAAAACCACGGUGACUCGGGUGGCUUCAUCGUCAGGGCAGUGGUGGAUGAGCAGGGAGCUCUUCUAGUAGUGCCUGAGGUUGGAGUCUCGAUGUCCGUUCCGGAAGGAGCCAUUCCCAGGGGUCGUCGACACAGUCUGCAGUUGGCCGUUCUCGGCGACGAUUACCUGAGACCUGGUCUACCGCCUGGUUUGACGCUGGUGUCAGCGGUGGUGGCUUGUGGGCCGAACGACAUCGACUUAGUGAAGCCGGUGAUUCUUCAGUUCGAACACUGUGCGGAGCUCAGGACUGACAACUGGGAGCUGAGUUUGUGGACCACGGAUCUCGACUUGGAGACACGGUCUAGCAACUCGACCAAUUCGUCAACCAGCUCGAACGUUACUUCGUCGAUGAUGUGGCGAAAGAUCCUGACGCUAGGCGGGGAGCCCAUCAAUCUGCCUGGACAGCCUUUCGCGCAGCUUGAUCACGCGGGAGUGUUCUUGGUGACUGAGACGCCAAGCGCCUACGCAGUCGCCGGGGAGAACUCGUCCGUAGCUCCUGGGCUGGCUGUGAAGAGGAUGUGCGUGGCUGUGUUCUUGUCCAGGGAGAGGGAUCACAUUAGGUGCCACCUGAUCGAGGACACGAAGGCUGCCUACAAGCUUCUAAUGGAUAGGGAACGUCGUCUAGGUGGAAGCCGAGUGGAACACGGUACCCUAGGCUUCCGAGCAGGUGGCUCGCCCCUCCGCAUUGAACUGGAAGACAGAGAGAGCGGAUUCGUGGAAAGACAAGAGGUCCCUCACCGCAGAAUCUGGUCGUCGAACAGGACGAGCGUAAGGCGAUCGUUCAGAAUCGAGAAAACCGUCGGCGAGAUGAGGCUCAGCUUCGAGCUGCGCGCCUGCCAGUGCGGCUUCGAGGAGCACGCGCUGUUCCUGAGGAUCGAUCUGGACUUCAUGAAGAGGAGCGGCUCGAACGGGAAAAGGUCCACCAAGAUAGAGUCUUCUGUCAUUUUACGAGGGAAAAACUCCGCGAGGUCUACGGAGUCCGUUGUUCCUAGGCCGUUCAGAUUCUCAAAAACGCUGAGGAAGCAGCUCUGCCAGUGCCUGGACCCGCCUAGCGCCCGCGGCAACGAUUGGAGGAUGCUGGCACAAAGGCUGCAAGUGGACCGAUACGUCGAUUACUUCGCGACGAAAGCGAGCCCGACGGAGCACAUCCUGGACCUAUGGGAGGCGAAACACCAGGAGGCCACUGCCCUCGCGGACCUCCUGAACCACUUGAGACUGAUGGGACGCGUCGACGCGGCGAGCGUCCUGGAGAGCCGCCUCGGACCGUGGAUCUGAGACCGGACGAACCACUGCCGUUUUACCAACCCACCGUUUGCAAUUUUACAACGUUUUGUAAAUAACAGAGUGACGCAUCCGAGGCAAGCGAAGGAUCGAUGUAGAACCACGUUGU